UUUUUUUCCCACGGGGUCACUGACACAUGUUUCGUAGAAUAUUCGAUCGCAUCUGGUCUCGAAGGUCUCGGCCCUGGCCUCAACAUUCCAAAAGGGGGCGAAACAAGGAGCAAAAGAGCGAUCGUGGACUCACGUGCGAGGCAUCCAGGCGGUCAUCCCUGUUUCUGCCUGAUCGACGUUUCCAUCUCCCGGCUGUUUCCGGGUCUUGGCGACGACGCUAGUCUUUUCUGGGAAAGAAUGUCCGACAGCGUCUGGGUUCGACUGACCGCCUUCCUGUUUCUACAGCUCCCCUCAUUCUGAUGGAUUAUUUUGGGAAUCAACAUCAAAUCGAGUCUUUAUCAUCGCCGCCACGAUUAGUUAACUAUCAUCUAGUUGUUCAUCCAUCUCCAUCGCCAUUAACUAUCCGUUCUCAGCGCAUUGUAGUCAUCUGAUCUUCGAGGGCUAGUUUCAUCUUCGGCCUUUCCUGAUCCUUCAACCAUGUCUCCCGACCUCAAUUCGCUUCCCCCGUCUCGUUCUGCCUCCACCUCCCCACGCCAACCACGGAACCUCCCCACUCUAUCAGACGCCCUGUCAUCACACCCGACUUCAUCUACAGGCGUUCCUCCUACCACCACUGCCAACAUGAAUAGCAACAGUCACAGCAAUACUAUUACGGGGGAUCUACCUCGUCGUCCUUACGUUCCAAUGCCCGGGCCAGAACGUCGCCGCUCCGCGAAUUUGGGCAUGAUAACCGGCAGCAACAGCUACAAUGAAAAUGGCGCCGGCGAUGUAUCCCUGACCUCUGACCAUCGGUCAUCUCAUCGAUCAUCUCUAAGCCAUGGACUUCGUACCUCGAGCCCGUCCAGUCUUGGAGGUAGCCCCAUCAUUGCCACGGGUGAUCCGCAUCAUCAGCGCGCUCCUUCUCUCGGGGAGCUCCACCAGGAGCUAGAGCAGGAGCAAGAGGCACAAGUGAAUCGACUUCUACACACGAUUCGGAGCCAGCAAACGCAGCUCGAGCAUCUCCAGCAGCAACAGCAACAACAACAGCCGCAGUCUGCAGUGGAAGAUGCAACUCCUCCUUCCGAACUGUCUACUGCUACUCCCCCUGCUGCACCUCUUCCUGCUGCGGGUAACCGGGCCUCAGCUCAAUUUGCCUCAUCACUGCCCAGCCGCCGUGCAAGCCAAACACGUUCACCCAACCUCCGACCGAUACCCGACCCGUCUCGUGGGUUGGACACAUUGGAGUGGAUUCCAGGCUCUGGGGAAAACACAAUGCGGCGGAGCAGCAGAGAUGAGAGCGGAUUCCAUUCAGCUGAAGCAGCGAUGCUCGCACGGGAGAAUCAGAUGCUUCGACAGCGUAUUCGUGAAUUAGAACGACAAGUUCACGAAUUAACCACCAGGAGUGCUUCCCAAGGACAGCGCGCAAUUCCCAGCACCUCUUCCCAAGCGCCCGAAAAUAAUAUCGCCACUGAGCCCGAAGCAACAACCGGUGAGAGAUCCAUCGGUGAGCCGUCGGACAAGACAUGAUUGGCUCUCAGGCGCCCCAUACGAAGGCUAUUUGAACCGUCCAACUUGAUUUAACUUUUGUGUUUCCCGUCGACAGCUGAUCGACAUUCCUCGCAAACUUAUCAUGAGUAAGUAUCUAACACCUGUGAAAGAAACCGGGCGUAAUGGAAAGUAAGUCAACACAUGGCGGUUCCACUUAACAUAAGCUGUCUACUACUGUAAAGGAUCGCCAUGUCAGCUCCAAGGCACACCACCAGUCUGGCGAAACUGCAGUCAGCUUGGGCUAUAGAAAGCGGCGUGGCUCUAUCUGAGUGCCGAUCACCAGAUCGUGAUUCGAAUAUGAUUGUACUAUAUUGAUAAUCUUGUUUCUCACGGAGGACCUUUGGUAAUGCGGAGAGGAGUUUAUUCCGUCGCCUACCUAAUCUAAUACAUUCUAGCUACUCUCUAACAGCACGAAAACUAUGAAGCUAGG